AUGAAUGUGAGCCGGCUUCUGGUUCUCUCUGUGUGCUGUCUCUGUCACCUCAUCUGGGGAUCCAUCACCACCCCAACCUACUACGUAAAUGCCUUCAAAGUUCAGUACAAUUACACUCAAUCACAAGUCGAGCUAAUUCUGCCCAUGCUGUCGUUCGGAAAGGUCCUUAGUCCUAUUCCUGCUGUCGUCUAUCAGACAUGGGGGUUCGGGCUCACUCUUCUGUCGGGACUUACCCUAAGCUCUGGGGGAUACCUCUGCCUCUGGGGGUCGGGCUUCUUCCUGGAAAUCUGCUAUACUUACCCGAUCCUCGUCUAUACAUGUUUCCUCUUUUUAGGUCUUGGUAGCGCCUUCCUCAACCUCAGUGUCCUCACGGCCAUCACAAUUAACUUUCCUGGCAAACACCAGGGAAAGGCCGUUUCCACGGUGAUGACGUCAUACGCCGUUAGUCCGCUGAUGACACUGUUCGUUUAUAGGAAGUGGUUUGCGCAUGGUGAAAUAGAAAAUGACGCCGGACAAGAUCUUCAUGGAUUCAUGCUCUACUCUGCCGUCUCAGUCGCCAUGAUGGCUGCAUUGUUUCUUGGAGUCUCCAGGCUCAUAAAUAGGCCGGAACCACCGGAAACUCCUCUGCUCAACGACUGUGACUCUGAGGACACGACGAAGCCUAGGGACAGAAAACGUUUUAUUUCGGACGCCUUGGUAGAGACAAUACCCUGGACAUUCUACAUCGUGGUCACGUCCUUCUCCCUGGCUGCUUGUCUAUGUGUCAUGUCCAUUUUACCCACAGCCGAGUUAAUCAUGUACAUGCUGUCAAUUACGACUGAUUUGGCAGGCGGGGUGGUAAAGCCAGUCUUGGUAACCGUGCUUGCCCAGAACAUGGGGAAAGAGAACUUUGCCAAAGCCUGGCAUCUUUAUCUCUAA